UAUUUGUUCAGCUUUAAUUUUGAGGAAGUUGCUAGUGUCAUAGUGCACCCUUCUUUAAGUUGUUCCCGCUUUUAACCAGUUCCAUCAGUCCGCUUUUAACCGGUGCAUGCAAUACGGAGGCCGCUCCGGAGACUAGUUCAAACUUGACGGAGGGUUCGUUAUGUAAUAUACAUCUUUAGUAGGGGUUGAUAAAUAAUAACAAUUCCUUCUUCCUAUUUGGACUAAUCUGACAGUGCGGGACUGGUUCAAACUUGGUGCAAGGAAAUUUUUUUUGUGCAAGUCACUUAAAGUUCUCUACGUCGCAACCGAGUCCUCCGUUUUAAAAGAACUGCAGUCUUCGUCUCCACUAUCCACCCCACUCUAUUCCAGGCUGCCCACUCAUGCCAGCCAAAUCGACGCAUGCAACGAUAUGCCAUCGCCGGCAAGCUCUGACCAUCCACUACCAUCAUCGGAGUGGUCCACGUUCGUAUGGAACACCAUCAUCCGGUGUGCCCCUCCCCUCCAGGCCCUGUCCAUCUACGCUCAUUCCAUGCUCCCCUCUGGGGCCCGCCCCAACAAAUUCACCUUUACCUUCCUCCUCAAAGCCUGCCUUCGAGCCCCCGCCUUCAGCCCUCUCAUUCACGCCCACCUCGCCAAGCUCGGCCUCCACCCCGACCCCUUCCUUCGCUCCGCCCUCAUCGCCGCCUACGCCGCUGCCGGCCGCCUACCCGCCGCCCUCCGCGUCUUCCACCUCUUCCCCCAUCCUGACAUCGUCCUCCGCACCGCCCUUGUCUCUGCCUUUGCCAGCUGCGGCCUCCCCGAUGCUGCUCUCCAGACGUUCGACGAAAUUCCCCACCCCAACCCCGUCUCUUGGGCCGCCCUCCUCUCCGCCUACACCCGAACCGGCCGCCACGCCGAGGCUCUCUCCUUCUUCCGCCGCAUGCGCUUUGCAGGCGCCGCCCCCACCGAGGCCGCACUCGUCUCCUCCCUCUCGUCCGCCGCCGUCCUCGGCGCGCUUUUCGACGGCCAGCGCGCCCACCGUGACGUUGUCGUUUACGGAAAGUGCCUUACACCCGUCCUUGGCACUGCGUUGCUCGCCAUGUACGCAAAAUGUGGGCGGAUAGACUCCGCGCGGCGGUCGUUCGACGAAAUGCCGAAGAGGGACCAGCCGGCGUGGGCGGCGAUGAUCACGGCGCUGGCCUCGCACGGGAGGGGCGAGGAAGCGCUGCGGCUCUUCGACGAGAUGCUGGGGCUUGGCUUGAUACCGGACCACGUGACCUACGUGGGGGUCCUCCACGCAUGCAGCCAUGCAGGGCUGGUGGACGAGGCGCGUGGCCACUUCGAUAAGAUGGUCAAAGUCUAUGGGAUCGAGCCGAGGGCGGAGCACUACGGGUGUAUGGUGGACGUGCUGGGGCGUGCAGGGUUGGUGGAGGAGGCGUGGGCGGUGGCUCGGAGGAUGCCGGUGGCACCAGACGAGCGGGUGCUCAAGAGCCUGCUGAGCCCGAGCUGUGCGCUUGGGUUCGUUGAAUGCGCAGAGUGGGCGACGGAGAGGCUGGUGGCAUGGGACGCGGGGCAUGCAUCCGCGUACGUGCUGCUGUCGAACAUGUACGCUGCGUUGGGGAGGUGGGAGGACAGCGCUAGAGUGAGGAAGCUGAUGAGGGUCCGCGGAGUGCCCAAGGCGCCUGGUUGCAGCGCCGUUGAUUGAGGGGAGCUUUUUGUAGAUCGUGUGGGAAGUCUUCACAGCUCACUAGUUGGAGUAUUGCUACAACACUACGUCAGCAUCGGAUUGCAAGUGCCGAGUUGGUGGAUUGGAUCGAUCUGCUUCGCUCUGGUUACAUCAGGUGCGAUCCAAAGGAAUGUUAUUGAGAUCAGUUUCGAUUGAAAAAAUAUACUUUGUUUCUUGGCAUGGACUGCAUGGUAGAACUGAUAUAUUAUAUAUUCCAUAACACUGUGGAUUAAAUUAACAAAAAAAAAUUAGUUAUUGAUUUAUACUAAGAUUGUAUGCAAUAUAAGUUGUUGAUAAUGUCUAACUUUUGUUUAUUGAUGAUUUAUUGUAUAAUAUGUUUAUGGUACAAUUAGAUUAUCAAUUUUCAUUACAGUUUGGUUUUUCGCAUU